AACACUUAUUUACAUUUAUAUCUUUGUAACAAACUGAAAUGAAGAAAUUUUAGCUGAUCCUGGACAUAACUCCAAUUGCCACACUGUGCGAAAUAUUUUGACUAGUGAUGACGAACCUAACCCAAUAUUUCAUUGGUUUUGUUAUGAUCGUAUUUUAAUUAAUUUAUUUGUGUAGCUAUAGUUAGACAGUUUUCAAAAUGACCACGAGAAAAAGGAGUGGAUCAGGCUCCAAAAGACACUUUCGUGAAAAAGUAGUGCAAAUUUACGAGUGUAUUUUUAAAGGGGACGACAUGUCAGCAAAUAAUGCACUGUUUUGGGACGAAUUCUUCCUUUUGAAGCCGAAAGUCUCAAUUAUCGAAGCAGAAAUUCAAAAAAUGACAUUGGAACAGUUUGCAGCCGCUAAACAAAAUAUAAAUUUGGUAUUCAACCAAGGAAUAGAUGUAUUGGACCAACAAAACAGUAUUCGAGUUGCUUAUAGUCUUCAAACACUGUGUUCUAUACUCCACUCAAUAUUUAAGAAAAGUCUGGAAUCGCAAAUUGAUUGUGUUGAAUUUUUAAGGGGUUUCGAAAACUAUGAAACCAAAAUACAAAAAUUAUUGACCACUUGUCAGACAUAUCUUGAAGGUGACGUUCCCGAAGUCGUUAAAAGCUUGUGCCUAAAGAUAAUUUUAAUUAUAAUCACUGGCAUAGAAUCUAUAAACCAAAACACUUUGAUUGAAUACAUCAUGGUGUCAUCUUUAUUUGAAUGUUUGGUAAAACUGUUAUGCGACGUGCCAACCAGGCAGAGGCACGGUUAUGACGUCGUAUUGAUAAUCACGUUACUCGUAAACUACAGAAAGUAUGACGCUGCCAAUCCGUAUGUUGUAAAAUUGUCCAUUUUAGACGACGAGCUGGCUCUAAACGGCUAUGGCCAAGUAAUCACAUCUUCCCUUUCAGAGUUUUGUAACCAGUACAAUGCGGAACAUUUGGAGAACCAGAACGCCUCGUGGUUCUCCUCGCUGACGAACAUGGUUGGUAACAUGUUCAUCUCGGAGGAGGGUGGUUUCAGGACGCAGCAGGUCCGUGCCAAUAACGCAUUGCUGCUCGCGUUCUACGAAGCCAUACAUCUGAAUAGAAAUUUUAUAACAACAUUGGCGCAAACCCAGACUGAUGCCAGUUCGCCACCUUCGCCCAACAACACGCUCAGCAAUGUGCAAGGCACACCCGAUUUAUCCGCAGUGCCUGCCACUUUCGAUGUCACUACGCAGCCGUCGAAUUUAUUAGUAAUUUUCUUCCAGUACUGUUCUAUUGUGAUGCAAGAUACCAAAACGGAAGCCGGCACAAACACGGUGAAACUGGCCUUUUUGAUUUUGGGAUGCAUAACUGAAGACCAAUAUGCCAAUUCGUUAAUGCAUGAUGUUAGUUUAGCGUUCAAAGUCCGCUUGCAUCGAUUGCCUAUGCGACAUAGGAAGCUCAAUCCUGACAAAACUACAUCUUCCCAACCACUCGUCUGCACCCUAUUGGAUUUACUGAUAGAGUUCAUGCUCAGCCACAUGAUGAAGAAAUUUCCCAUGGAGCUAUACAUAUUGUGCCUGGGAGUUAUUCAGCGGAUACUUUGUUACCAGAAAAAGUGCCGCAUUAGACUGAAUUACGCCUGGAAAGAGUUAUGGACUGCCCUGAUAUCUUUAUUAAGAUUUAUAUUACAAAACGAAAACUAUCUAGGAAAAAAAAUGAACAUUUUCGAUUUAUGCAUUAAAGUCGUCAAUGUCUUAAAUUUCUUUAUUACUUAUGGUGACAACUUUCUGCCAACACCAGGCAGUUAUGAUGAACUUUAUUAUGAAAUCAUUAGAAUGCAUCAAGUUUUUGAUAAUGUUUAUUCAAUGGGCUUGAGGUACUCAAUGGGAGAAGGAGACUUUAAAGAAGACGCGUUGAAAUUAAACAAUACUUUAUUUAAUGUUAGAGCAAUUAUCAAACAUUUUAAUCCAAAGAUAGAACAAUGGUUGGCUUCAGCAAACUUAUCAACCCCUUCUGAAGAACAAAUACUGGACAUAGUCAAGAAAAAUUACGACAGUUUAACAUUGAAACUGCAGGACUGCUUAGACCAUUACGAACGAUACGCUGAAAAGCCAAAUUAUACACCAUUUUUCAGAAAUAUGGUAACGAACAUACUUUCUGAUACCCGCAGCAGCAUUAGCGUUUCUUUGUUGAACUUUACAAAUAUCGCCAAUGAAUACCCUAUAUUAUAAUACAUAUAUAUUAUUAUUUUGUUAUUGUUCCUUAUAUAAAUAUUUAUGAUAUA